UUGAAUUGUCAUAAGAGUAUGAAAUGGUGAUAUGGUGAAGGUUUAAGAGUCGAAUCCAGAGUUGUAAUUAAGUUUCGCAAGUUAAACAGAUGAGAGAAGAUAAGAUGUAUCUGCACUUAUACAGUGAAAUUUCUGGAAGAAGUUCUACAACUAUAAGUAAACUGAGGCUUAGAGCAAAGAAAAUAGGAAAUGCCCAAAAAGAGAGUAGUGUAGGUAGAGAGUGGAGUAGUAUUUGUUAUGAUUAUUAAUGGAUUUGUCUGCAUUCAGUAAAUAACAUUAGAUCUAUUAAUAACUAAGGCAUCUUUGGUUAACCGUUUUGUUUUUUGAAAAUUAAGCUUCUAAAAUUUGUAUGUUUUGUUGUCUACUUUCUACCAACAUUUUAAAAACCCAGUCAAGUUAUGAAAACUAAAAAAAAAGUCAUUUUUUAGAACUGGUUUUUGCUUUUUGAUAUUGAAUAGGAAUGCAAAUGUUUCUUAAAAAAAAUAGUGAUAUUCAUGUUAAGUAAAUUAGGAAACAAAAUUGUUAUGAAACAAGGCCUUGACGGGAUUCCGUUGACGUGUAUUAAACUUUAGUUCGUUGGGUUAAAUAUUAGUUUUUCAAAGUAGAGAAGUGUGAUUUCCGAUUCAACAUUGCCUUAACGAGAAUGGUUUUUUUGGCUGAAGCCUCAUUUGAUCAUUUAACUACUUUAUUAUCGUUUUUGGCUGAAUUUGUUGGCCAAGUCCUAUGGUCUCUGAGCAACACCUAUCUAAAGAUCGUUGUUAUAAUGUCAUCUUGAUCUCAAUAAGUGUGUAUUUGAGGACAAAUUCAUUGCACGUGAUUCUGGUACACUUGAACAACUGAAGGAGAUUACUUCUAGGCGUAGAGUUAUUGAGGAAUCCAUUAAUGAAACUAGCUCUAUCACAGAUGCCAUUGCAAGAGAAAUGUCUGGCGGGUUGUCUUCACACACUCAACAGGUCCUUCACAAACUACAGCAAUAUCUGCCCUUGUUGGAAAAUUUUGUUUCCCAAGUUGAUAUGAUCGAUUAUAACCUCAGGAUUGUUCAGUGGACUUCAGACUUAAAGAUACGAUGGUCGAGUGCUCUGAGCUCAUCUUCGUUAUUUCAUCUUAGGGGUCCAAAGUUUUUCCAAAUAGAUAACUUGAGGUUUGAGGUAGGGAUGACUCUUUCUCUCUAUGGCGCUUUUCUCAGGCAGAGGGCAUUAGAAAUUAUAUCAGAAGAUCAAGUGCAAUCUGCGACCUUUUUCAGAGAAGCUUCCGGGGUUUAUCAAUAUCUUGCUGAGGAGAUUCUUCCAACCAUCCAACACUGCCUGCCUUCUGAAAGACCACCAGAAGUUAUUCCAUCCACUUCUGCUGCGAUGAGUCUUGUUUGUUUAGCUGAGGCUCAGGCUGUCACAUCAAUGCGGGCAGAAGAAAAGGGAACUAUUCCUAGUCUUUUGGCAAAGCUACAUUAUGGUAUUGUUGAAUUACUCAAUGAAUCAGCUAAUUAUUUACACAUAAGUUUUGGAGAAUGCAAAGAUAUGUCCUCAAACUUUCUGGAAUUUCUAUCAGCUUUCAGAGCUCUACAUGAGUUGAUGAGUCGGAAAAAUCUUGCAAAAGAACUAAUGUCUAGUGGUCAAGUUGGAGUUGCUAUAGGAGUUCUUAGAUAUGCAUUAACUGAUGUCAAAAAGGAAAUGCCAAGAGAAAAUUCAUGGAAACUCGUUUUCGGAAUAGAAAUAGAUAUUGUAGCUGAAACGCUCAGAAAGUUCGAACGCGAGAAUGAAAUUGUAUGGCAUAAGAAAAUUGCUUUAAGAGAUGAGUUGCCAACGCCUAUAGGUACCCGAAUCGUCAAGUCCAUACCCUAUAAUCCAAAAAAAUGGGAGAGAGAACUAGCAUUUAAAAUAUGAACUGAAGCUCCACGUAAAUAUGGUCAUUUGUUCUUGUUGGGGACAAUUAUGGAGCUGCUUCUAUCCCCAAUUUCAUUCUAUAAAAGCACAAAAGAAUCUGGUGCUCCUCUUAGAAAUAUUUCCUUAGCUAGUUGAGUGACUUUUUGGUGAAAAUGUGAAGCAUUCGUAUAGAAAUGUACAUUGAUUAUAGUGAUUCCUAUUUCUUACAUUUUAUUCAUUUGAAAUGGUCAUAAAUAUGUAAAGUUUGCCUAAAUAAGAGGUUGAUUGAAUUAUGUUUCUAUAUGAAUAUUCAUUCUAUAGUUUUUUUGAGAUGAGAAUUUUGAGAA